GGACCGCCAGUCGCGCCCGCCCUGCGCCGGCCGAAGCUGGCGCUGCUCCAGUGAGAAACGCGCUGCUGUGCUUCAGAAGCCGGCCAGGUUCUCGCCUACAGCGGCCGCUCCGUUGUCCCCUCGAGAUCCCGGGCGCGUCCUCGGGUUCAGGCAGACCUUCGCCCCUCAGGGCAUAGGCCUUCUAGGUGUCCCGAGUGUGAAGGUAACUCUGGACUCAGCCCCUCAGAAACACAGGAGCAUCCAGGGUUCACUGCAGAUAGCACAGGAAGAACAUGUUGCACGCUGACAAAGGAAACUCAGACAUUACUUGGAGAUGUGGAGUUUAAGAAGCCACACUUCUGUGGUCUAUGGGAAAGAUUUUGAAAGUUAAAAUCAAAGAUAAGGGAAGAGCUUGUCAGAAAAUAAGAAUUAAACACUUGAACACUCCAAAGAUACCUCUAUGCAUCAGAACAAAGUAACUACAGCUGAGACCUGAAAUUGCUCUACCUUCAGUGCUUCCAGGUCUGGAUUAAAGAGUCUGCCUGAGAUGAUGUGGGAGGCCGUGGUCUUCUGAGCUCUGUUAGCCUGGGGUGUUUGUUUGAAUACAUAGAAGAUGAUGACAAGCGUGCCUGGACAAUUUUACGUAAUUAACACCUGCUAGAUGUGCAAAAGGCAAUUAUUGCUGUGAAGUGUUUACAUUGAUUUAUGGGAGGAAGGUGGCCCAAGAGAGGGAUGCUGAUAAUAUCAACCCAGUGGAUUAAAUGCACAUUUACACCUUUAUUGACAUAUAAAUUAUCCAUGCCAGGAAUGCACUGAAACGGCUGCUGAUGGGGCAAUAAUGUGGCACAAAGUACUGGGUUUGGAUUCAGCUCUGUCAUCCUUCUGCAAGGCACGGCAACGGGAUUCUGCAUCUGAGCUCAAAUAGGGAACAGAGGCUUACAGACUGUCUGCCUGUUAGAAUAAUGAGCAGUGAUGGCAAGUGAGAACUUGGAAGGAUGAUAAAAAACAUGGCUGAGGUCUGAAGGAGUUCUCUUGCUUUUUUUUUUUUUAAAUGACUUUGAGGUUUUUGUUGUUGUUCGUACUAUGGAUUUUUAGAGAAAGCUGAAAGAGGCCAGAGGAGUGUUUGUAGCUGGGAAAUGGAACCUGGCUCUGAAUCCAGCCAGCAUCAGAAGAGAAAGCCAGUGACACAUGGACUGGAAGAUCAAAAAAGGAUUUACACGGAUUGGGCUAACCACUAUCUAGCAAAAUCUGGCCACAAGAGAUUGAUAAAGGAUCUGCAGCAAGAUGUGACCGAUGGAGUCUUAUUAGCUGAAAUAAUCCAGGUUGUAGCAAAUGAAAAGAUUGAAGACAUCAAUGGCUGCCCAAAAAACAGAUCUCAAAUGAUUGAAAACAUAGAUGCAUGCCUGAGUUUCCUGGCUGCUAAGGGGAUUAACAUACAGGGGCUGUCAGCGGAAGAAAUCCGGAAUGGGAAUCUAAAGGCCAUCUUGGGCCUUUUCUUCAGUUUGUCUCGGUACAAGCAACAGCAGCAGCAGCCACAGAAACAGCCACCACAGCACCAUCUGUCCCAGCCAACUCCCUCUGUGUCCCUGCAAGCAGGGCUUCCAUCUCAGGGCCAGGCUGGGCCGCAGCAGCAGCAACAAGUGCCAGCUUCACUCCAAACUCAGUGCCAACAGCCCCAGCAAGCUGUACAGCAUCCGUUCAAAGCACAACCAGAAAUGCAGUCAAGGCUCCCAGGCCCAACCACAAGGGUGUCCACUGCAGGCAGUGAGACAAAAACUCGUGGUUCUAUCAGUACCAACAAUCGCCGCAGCCAGAGCUUUAACAAUUAUGACAAGUCCAAGCCUGGAGUUCUUCUUCCAGCACCCACAAGUUGCAAUGAAAAAGAGCCUGCAGACAGUACAGCCUUCCAGCCCACAGGAAUGAAUGAAAAUGUAUCAUCCUCAGUUCAAAGCUGCAGCGGUACUACUAGUUGCAAUAACUCCUCGGCCAUCCCUCAGCCCAGCUCUGCUAUUAAGCCUUGGCGCAGCAAGUCCCUCAGUGCUAAGCACACAGCGACGUCUUCCAUGCUAUCCGUAAAGCAGCCCGUACCAGAGCCUCCAAAACCACCCUCAGAAGUCGUCAAAACAACUCCCAAUGGCCAAAAAUCCAUGCUGGAAAAGUUGAAACUCUUCAAUAGCAAAGGAGGCUCCAAAGCAGGGGGGACAACGCUUGAGUGUUCUACGUCUCGUGACAGCAGCUGUGAAAAGCUAGAGACACUUCCCAGCUUUGAGGAGAGCGAAGAAAUCGAUGCCACAAAUCAGAAUGUGAGCAAUCCAGGAUCGAUGUCCAGUAGCCCCAAAAUUGCACUCAAGGGAAUCGCACAAAGGACUUUUAGCCGGGCACUGACUAAUAAGAAAAGUUCUCCCAAGGGUAAUGAGAAGGAGAAAGAGAAACAGAAGGAGAAAGAAAAGGAUAAAAGUAAAGACACGGGAAAAAGAACAUCUAUCACCGAAAAGCUGGAUGUGAAAGAGGAACCAAAAGAAGAACAGACAGUGCUAACAACAACAGAGAUGCCAAAAAAGUCCUCAAAGAUCGCAAGCUUUAUUCCAAAAGGAGGAAAGCUGAACAGUGCCAAGAAGGAGGCCUCGGCCCCUUUGCACAGUGGAAUACCAAAACCAGGAAUGAAAAACACCGCAGGGAAAUCCUCAAGUGCCCCAGUUUCUACAAAAGAAAGUGAGAGGAGCCGCAGUGGGAAACCUGGCUCAGGACUCUCGCAUCAGAAGUCUCAGCUAGACAGCAGGAAUUCCAGUUCCUCUUCAAGCUUAGCCUCUUCCGAAGGAAAAGGCAUCGGAGGCCUCAACAGCAGCAACAGCAGCCAGUCUGUCAGCGGGCCGACCACCACACACAGCACGGGAAGCAACACCGUCAGUGUUCAGCUACCUCAGCCCCAGCAGCAAUACAGCCACCCGAACACGGCCACAGUAGCUCCGUUCAUGUACAGAUCACAGACAGAGAAUGAAGGAAAUGUAACAGCUGAGGCCAGCACAGGAGGGGUCAGCAUGGAUUCUACUCUCUAUGUCAAAACUGGACAGCCUGGUCUCGAAGACCUCUCAGGAGAGGAUCCAGAAACUCGGCGAUUACGAACUGUGAAAAACAUUGCUGAUCUUCGACAGAACUUGGAGGAAACAAUGUCCAGUUUGCGGGGAACCCAGGUCACUCACAGCACCUUGGAAACGACGUUUGACACCAAUGUGACCACCGAGAUAAGCGGUCGCAGCAUUCUCAGCUUGACAGGACGACCAACCCCUUUGUCAUGGAGACUGGGGCAGUCCAGCCCCCGCCUGCAGGCAGGUGAUGCUCCAUCCAUGGGGAACGGCUAUCCUCCCAGAGGGAACGCCAGCCGCUUCAUCAACACAGAAUCAGGACGUUACAUGUAUUCAGCACCUUUGCGGAGACAGCUAGCAUCCCGUGGUAGCAGUGUCUGCCAUGUGGACAUCUCAGACAAAGGAAGUGAUGAAAUAGAUUUGGAAGGCAUCACCAUGGAUGCCACCGGCUACAUGAGUGAUGGAGAUGUGCUGGGCAAGAAUAUCAGGACUGACGAUAUCACCAGUGGGUAUAUGACAGAUGGUGGCUUGGGCCUCUACACGCGAAGGCUAAACCGGCUCCCUGAUGGCAUGGCUGCAGUGCGGGAGACCAUGCAGCGCAACACGUCCCUGGGACUUGGAGAUGCUGACAGCUGGGAUGACAGCAGCUCUGUCAGCAGUGGGAUCAGUGACACCAUAGAUAAUCUCAGCACUGAUGACAUUAACACCAGCUCCUCUAUCAGCUCUUACGCCAACACACCUGCCUCCUCCCGUAAAAACUUAGAUGCACAGACUGAUGCAGAAAAGCAUUCCCAGGUCGAGCGGAAUUCCUUGUGGUCCAGUGAUGAAGUCAAGAAAUCAGAUGGAGGAUCCGACAGUGGCAUAAAAAUGGAGCAAGGAUCUAAAUGGAGGAGGAAUCCCUCUGAUGUGUCUGAUGAAUCUGAUAAAAGCACUUCUGGUAGGAAGAACGCUGUUAUUUCGCAGACGGGUUCCUGGCGACGGGGCAUGUCGGCUCAGGUUGGCAUUACCACACCAAGGACUAAACCUUCAACCACCUCGGGCACAUUAAAGACACCUGGAACAGGGAAAACUGAUGACGCCAAGGUAUCAGAAAAGGGUAGACUAUCUCCUAAGGCUGGACAUGUUAAACGUUCCCCAUCAGAUGCAGGACGCAGCAGUGGUGAUGAAUCCAAAAAGCUUCCCACAAGUAACUCUAGAGCAACUGCUGCUAAUGCUAAUGCGUUCGGAUUUAAGAAACAGAGCGGGUCAGCCGUAGGCAUGACUAUAAUUACUGCCAGUGGGGCAACUAUCACCAGUAGAUCAGCUACUCUGGGAAAAAUCCCAAAGUCAUCCGGACUCAUGGGUAGGACCACUGGUCGGAAGACUAGUGUUGAUGGCUCACAGAACCAGGAUGAUGGCUACUUAGCGCUCAGUGCUCGAACUAACCUUCAGUAUCGUAGUUUACCCCGACCCAGUAAAUCAAGUAGCAGAAGUGGAGCUGGGAAUAGAUCUAGCACUAGUAGCAUAGACUCCAACAUAAGCAGCAAAUCAGCUGGGUUGCCUGUCCCUAAAAUGAGAGAGCCUGCCAAGGUAAUUCUUGGAAGCUCUCUGCCAGGAUUAGUCAAUCAGACUGAUAAAGAGAAAGGGAUUUCGUCUGACAACGAAAGCGUGGCCUCAUGUAAUUCUGUUAAAGUGAACCCUGCAUCACAGACUGCUUCUAGUGGAGCUCAAAGUACUCACCAGCAAGGAGCCAAGUACCCUGAUGUGGCCUCUCCCACUUUGCGCAGACUUUUUGGUGGAAAGCCUAGUAAGCAAGUUCCCAUCACAACAGCAGAAAAUAUGAAAAAUUCAGUAGUCAUCUCCAAUCCUCAUGCUACUAUGAACCAGCAGGGUAAUCUUGAUUCACCAUCUGGCAGUGGUAUACUGAGCAGCGGGGGCAGCAGUCCUCUCUAUAGUAAGAACACAGAUUUGAACCAGUCUCCACUAGCUUCUAGUCCCAGUUCUGCACAUUCAGCUCCUUCCAACAGUUUAACAUGGGGUACCAACGCAAGCAGCUCUUCAGCUGUUAGCAAGGAUGGCAUUGGCUAUCAGUCUGUCAGCAGUCUUCAUACCAGCUGUGAAUCCAUUGAUAUCUCUCUGAGCAGUGGAGGUGGGCUGAGCCAUAACUCCUCUGGGAGCUUGAUUCCAGCCUCUAAAGAUGAUUCUCUGACUCCCUUUGUCCGAACCAACAGCGUUAAGACCACACUGUCUGAAAGCCCACUUUCUUCCCCUGCUGCUAGUCCCAAAUUCUGCAGAAAUACUUUGCCCAGGAGACAGGACAGCGACCCACAUCUUGAUAGGAACACCUUGCCUAAGAAGGGACUCAGGUAUACUCCUUCCUCCCAACUUCGUAGCCAGGAAGAUGCAAAAGAAUGGCUACGGUCGCAUUCAGCAGGGGGGCUCCAGGACACUGCUGGCAAUUCUCCAUUUUCAUCAGGAUCCAGCAUAACAUCACCUUCUGGAACUAGAUUUAACUUCUCCCAGCUUGCAAGCCCAACCACUGCAGCUCAGAUGAGCCUGUCAAAUCCAACCAUGCUGCGGACUCACAGCCUUUCCAAUGCAGAUGGUCCCUAUGACCCCUAUAGUGACACACGCUUCAGAAACAGCUCCAUGUCCUUGGAUGAGAAGAGCAGAACAAUGAGCCGGUCUGGCUCAUUCCGUGAUGGCUUCGAAGAAGUGCAUGGUUCUUCUCUCUCUUUGGUGUCCAGUACAUCAUCUAUUUAUUCGACACCUGAAGAGAAGUGCCAGUCAGAGAUUCGCAAGCUACGAAGAGAGUUGGAUGCAUCCCAAGAGAAAGUAUCAGCUCUGACAACUCAGCUGACUGCAAAUGCCCACCUUGUGGCAGCAUUUGAGCAGAGUCUGGGAAACAUGACGAUCAGACUGCAGAGCCUCACCAUGACUGCUGAACAAAAGGACUCUGAACUGAAUGAGCUAAGGAAGACUAUUGAACUACUGAAGAAGCAAAAUGCUGCUGCCCAGGCUGCAAUUAAUGGAGUCAUCAACACACCUGAGCUCAGCUGCAAAGGAACUGGAGCUGCUCAACCCACAGACCUGCGGAUCCGAAGGCAGCACUCCUCAGAUAGUGUCUCCAGCAUUAACAGUGCUACCAGCCAUUCCAGCGUGGGAAGCAACAUAGAGAGUGAUUCAAAGAAAAAGAAGAGGAAGAACUGGGUCAAUGAGUUACGCAGCUCCUUCAAGCAAGCUUUUGGUAAAAAGAAAUCUCCCAAGUCAGCAUCUUCUCAUUCAGAUAUUGAGGAGAUGACAGAUUCUUCACUGCCUUCAUCGCCAAAGCUACCACACCAUAAUUCUACUGUUUCUACACCAUUGCUGAGAGCUUCUCAUUCCAAUUCUCUUAUUUCUGAAUGCACAGACAGUGAAGCUGAAACAGUCAUGCAGUUACGCAAUGAACUAAGAGACAAGGAGAUGAAGUUGACUGACAUUCGUCUAGAAGCCCUUAGCUCUGCUCAUCAGCUUGACCAGCUUCGGGAGGCAAUGAACAGAAUGCAGAGUGAAAUCGAGAAGUUAAAAGCAGAAAAUGAUCGACUGAAAUCUGAAAACCACGGCAGCUGUAGCAGGGCUCAGUCUCAGGCUUCCAUUUCAUCCUCUCCAAGGCAUUCAGUGGGUCUCUCUCAACACAGUUUGAACCUCACGGAGUCAUCUAGUCUCGACAUGCUGUUAGAUGACUCUGGUGAUGGCUCUGCCCGCAAGGAAGGAGGCAGACAUGUCAAAAUAGUUGUCAGCUUUCAGGAUGAAAUGAAAUGGAAGGAGGAUUCAAGGCCUCGUACCUUCCUCAUAGGCUGCAUUGGAGUGAGUGGGAAGACCAAAUGGGAUGUUCUGGAUGGUGUUGUUAGACGGUUGUUUAAGGAGUACAUCAUUCACGUGGAUCCAGUGAGUCAGCUGGGGCUGAAUUCAGACAGUGUUCUGGGUUACAGCAUUGGAGAGAUCAAACGCACAAAUAGUGCUGAGACACCUGAGCUGUUGCCCUGUGGCUAUCUGGUUGGAGAAAACAAUACUAUUUCAGUUACCAUCAAAGGUGUCUGCGAAAACAGCUUGGACUGCCUGGUGUUUGAAUCACUGAUCCCAAAGCCCAUUCUGCAGCGCUACGUCUCUCUCCUGAUGGAACACCGGAGGAUUAUCUUGUCUGGCCCCAGUGGCACUGGUAAAACAUACCUAGCAAACCGGCUCUCUGAGUAUAUGGUCCUGCGGGAGGGCAGGGAGCUGGCUGACGGAAUUAUUGCAACCUUCAACGUGGACCAUAAGUCCAGUAAGGAACUCCGCCAAUACCUGUCCAACCUAGCAGACCAGUGUAAUAGUGAAAAUAAUGCUGUAGAUAUGCCUCUUGUAAUCAUUUUGGACAACUUGCAUCAUGUUAGCUCCCUAGGAGAAAUCUUCAACGGACUUCUAAAUUGCAAGUACCACAAAUGUCCUUAUAUUAUUGGCACAAUGAACCAAGCCACCUCCUCAACACCGAAUCUUCAACUUCACCAUAAUUUCAGAUGGGUGCUAUGUGCUAACCACACUGAGCCAGUCAAGGGCUUUCUUGGCCGUUUCCUGAGAAGAAAACUGAUUGAAACAGAGAUCAGCAGCAGAAUGAGAAAUGCAGAGCUGGUUAAAAUUAUCGAUUGGAUUCCUAAGGUCUGGCAACAUUUGAACAAGUUCUUGGAGGCUCACAGCUCCUCUGAUGUUACUAUUGGUCCACGGCUCUUCCUCUCUUGUCCAAUAGAUGUAGAUGGUUCAAGAGUUUGGUUUACUGACUUGUGGAACUACUCCAUCAUCCCAUACCUUCUGGAGGCAGUCAGAGAAGGGCUGCAGCUGUACGGGAGGAGAGCUCCCUGGGAGGAUCCUGCCAAAUGGGUAAUGGACACGUACCCAUGGGCAGCCACCCCACAGCACCACGAGUGGCCUCCUCUGCUACAGCUGCGGCCUGAGGACGUGGGGUUUGAUGGCUACUCCUUGUCACGGGAAGGCUCGACCAGCAAACAAGUUCCAGUGAGUGAUGCUGAAGGAGAUCCACUGAUGAACAUGCUAAUGAGACUGCAGGAAGCAGCCAACUACUCGAGUCCCCAGAGUUAUGACAGUGACUCUAACAGCAACAGCCAUCACGAUGACAUACUCGAUUCAUCUCUGGAGUCAACGUUGUGAUCUUCAUUGGAUAGAAAUAGGUCAUUUCCAUGAUUGCUCUCCCACUCGACAAGAAUCCCAAUCACAAACUCAUGAAAGGAACGUGUUCCUGGGCUGGGCUGGUAUCUCAGUAUUAGAGCUGCAAUAACAAGAAGACACUUAGAGUCAGUCUUGAACCUGGGUGCAGGCAACCCAAGCAACCUUUGUAUUGAUGUUCUUCUUACAACGAUAAGAGCUGCACUAUUCCUUUGUUUUCUUCUGUUUAGUUGCUGUAAGCUCUCAUGCCUAAGAUACUAAAGAUGUUAAAAAUAGUCAUCGUUACUAAAAGAAAAAACAGUUAAAGGGGGUGGAUUUAACAGCUAUGAAGCAAACAGCUUUGUGCCAUGUAGAGAAGGAGAGGGGAGAGGAAAUUUUUGCCUAUGCUGCUUUUGACCAAACACAUUUAGGUGAGGGCUGGACUUUUACCAAUCAGCUUUGCAGAUUAAACUCAGCUUUGUAUAAUUCUGGUGCUAUAACAAUAUUGCUUGCCUUGGUAUAAUACUCCGUAAAGGCAAAGCUGCUAAACAGGGAAGUUUAAAUAAAUAUAAUAAAUGGGGGGAGGGGGGAAGAAUGAAAAGAAAAAACACUGCUCUCCUUGCCAGUCUGAGACCUUGGCUUUCUUUUGUUAUGUGUUUGUAAAGAUAGACAUAUAUAUAAAUAGGAAUAUAUAAAAGUAUAUAUACAGUCUGAACAAAUCAGGUUUUUUCCAGCACUGUGUAACCAUCAGUCCUACUACUGGUUAACUAUCAGGUGGCCCUCUGUUGUGCAGGGCCCAAUUCUCCUCCCACAUCCUUCUGUGAUGCUCAGUUGACUUCAGUGGGAGGUAGUUACCCUCCUCUGCAGAAGUCAGCAGAAGUCCUACAGCUCUACAGGACCUUAGGGAGCACACGGGCAUCCCGUGAGCCCUGUGUGCACAGGGUAGGUAGCUACACCCCUGAAGGGAUGGGUCAGACUUUCAGUUGUUAAUUCUUGCCAUGAAACAUUACAGCAGUUUUCUAAAAACGUUGGGUUUUGUUCAGGGUUUUUGUUCCAGUCAACACAACCGUGAAUGGAUUAGUUACAACUCAGCUCUGUGACAGUUCCAAGUGCUACUCUGAUGACCAUGUAUCCUCUCAUGGCUUUUCUUUUUAACUGCAAAAAAAAAAAA